AUGGGCCCCGCCCCGCCUGGAAGCCAGGCAGCCCCUCUACCCACAAAUCUACCCUUUCGUCUCGUGAGCAAGACCAUUGGACAAGGCGCAUACGCCUCGAUCCGCAAAGCCGUACCCCAUAAUGCCCCCAAACCCGUCAUCGCCAUCAAGUUCAUCAACAAAGAACAUGCCCUGCGCACCGGCCGCCUCACUCCGAAGCAGAUCAAGAUGGAAAUUGUAUUGCAUCAGCAUCUUGGUAAACACCAUAACAUUAUCCAUUGCCUGGGCUCCGGUGAGGAUGCACUUUGGACAUGGAUAGCCAUGGAACUGGCAGAGGGAGGCGACUUGUUUGACAAGAUCGAAGCAGACGAGGGCGUUGGUCAGGAUGUGGCACAUCUGUACUUCUCACAGCUUGUUAGUGCCGUCGCGUACAUGCAUAGCAUGGGCGUGGCACACAGAGACAUCAAGCCUGAGAAUGUGUUGCUGAGUGCCGAGGGAGACUUGAAGCUGAGUGAUUUUGGACUGGCAGCCCUGUUCAAGAAGGAUGGACAAAUACGGCUUUGCAAUACUGUUUGUGGUUCGCCACCCUAUAUUGCACCCGAAAUCGUCAGCGGGAGACGAAGCAAGAGGGCCGAUGUCUUGGACGUGGGAUACGAGGCCAAUAUGUGCGACAUUUGGAGUUGCGGUGUUGUACUGUUCGUUCUUCUUGUCGGAAAUACGCCAUGGGAUGAACCCACGAUGCGAUCGGAAGAGUUUAGGGAAUACGUCGACACUGGAGGCCAUACGACUGAUGAGCUGUGGGCUAAGCUUCCGCCUGAUAUUGUCAGCUUGCUUCGAGGCAUGCUCAAGGUCGAUCCAAAACAACGCUUUACCCUGGACGAAGUGCGUACACAUCCUUGGUUCACACGCAAGAACCCAUACUUGACGCCUUCGGGACGGAACGCCAACCCAAUUGGUCUGGCGACACAAAUGCUUUCCCAUCUACGCAUCGAUUUCACGCGACCACCCACCCAAUCCCAACGCGGAUUCUCGCAGGACGACGGCGAUGCAAUGGACAUUGACACAGACGACGAUCCCCGUCGUUCCAGCGCCAUCCAUAUUCUCUCCUCCACCCAACCCGAAACCCCCUCCGGCGACACACCGUUUGACUGGGAACGCCCACCACGCCUCGCAACUCACGACGGCAUGUCUGCCUCGCAACCCACCACAACCGGCCACGCAGCCAUAUACCACCCGGAAAUAAGCUCGACACCCUUCCUCUCGCAACUCCCAUCUUCAACUCAAGACGCCCUAUCUCAAGACCCCAGCAUGACCCAAUUCAGCUCUCAACCCGGCGUGCCCCUAACCUUCACGCAAGCCGCCCGCAAAUUUGCCGACAUCCUCCCUUCCUACUCCAUGGCCCGCUUCAUAUCCCCUCGUCCCUUGUCGCUUCUCCUCCCCUUACUCCUCGCGUCUUUGAACCGUCUCGGCGUCCCAGCUCCGUCCUUUUCCGCCCUUCAAAUCGAAGAAGCAGAGCAGCUCGGCAGCGCAAGUAUACGAGUCAAAAUGGCGGAUGGACGGCGUCAGGGACUCAAUGGGCAUGUGGUGGUUGAGAAGGCCGUGUAUGAGGGCGCGUGGUAUUGGGAGGUCAGGUUUGUCAAGGCGAGUGGGGAUCCGCUAGAGUGGAGGCGGUUCUUCAAGAAUGUGGUGCUCUGUGUCGGGGAUGUGGUAUUACGGCCGAAUUAG